AUGCCAGAGAAUCAGAGUGUGAAGCUGGAGGCUCACGCUGAAUAUGAGACAGAUUUGGUGGUCCCAUCUGAAUUGCGGCAGGAGCAAGUCCACCUGCUGCAGGAGACUCACGGGUGGGGUGGCCACAGAAACCCACGCUCCCUCCCUGAGGAGGACCACCUGUUUCUGUCGUUGCCUGCUUUUGGAAAGGAUCUUUACUUGAAACUCCAGAGGAAUGCCUCCUUCCUCUCUGAAGGCUUUGUGAUCGAGGAGAAGGGUGACCGAGGGACGAUACAGAGCUCACCGUCUACGAAAAUCAACAGCUGCUUCUAUACUGGAUCUGUCCUCAAUUACACCAAUUCCUUUGCCUCACUUGAUACUUGUGGCGGUCUGACUGGCUUGGUGCAAACCGGAGAUGAGAGCUUGUUCAUUGAGCCAGUGGGCGUGGCUGAGGACUCCUUCUCUGGGUGGAAGCACAAAGUUGUCCGAUACAAGCGUUCCAUCAAAGAGUCCCCACCAGUGGCAAACAGCCACCCAAAGUAUUGCAAGAUAAUUCAAGGUAAGAAGAAGGAGCAGAGGUCAAAGAUGACAGAGGAGUUUCGUGGGCGGAGGAAUGCUAUCAGGCUGACUGGAGAAUACACAGUGGAGACAGUGGUGGUGGCUGAUUCUGACAUGGUGCAGUACCACGGAGCAGAAGCUGCACAGCGCUUUCUACUCACAGUCAUGAACAUGGUGUAUAACAUGUUUCUUCACCAGAGUCUGGGCAUUAGAAUUAACAUCCGUGUCACAAAGCUUGUUCUGCUGCGCACCCGCCCUGAGAAACUGAAGGUGGGCCACCAUGGAGAGAGGUUUCUGGAAAGCUUUUGUCAUUGGCAACAUGAGGAGUAUGGUGGCGCUCGUUACCUAGGCAACAAUCAUGUUCCAGGAGGGAGAGAUGACCCACCUCCUUUGGACGUUGCCGUACUGGUCACCAGGACUGACUUUUGCGUCCACAAAGAUGAGCCAUGUGACACGGUUGGCAUUGCCUAUCUUGGAGGAGCUUGCAGUGCCAAGAGGAAGUGUGUGCUGGCAGAGGACAACGGCCUGAACCUGGCCUUCACUAUUGCUCAUGAGCUUGGACACAACAUGGGCAUGAGCCAUGAUGAUGACCAUGCAGCUUGCCAGGGUCACUCCCACAUCAUGUCAGGGGAGUGGGUCAAAGGUCGUAACCCUAGCGACCUCUCCUGGUCGACCUGUAGCCGUGAUGACCUGGAGAACUUCCUCAGAUCGAAAGCGAGUGCUUGUCUUCAGCACACAGACCCUCGCAGUCACUACAUGGUGCGCCUGCCACCCAAACUCCCAGGAAUGCACUACAGCGCAGACGAACAGUGCCAGAUUCUGUUCGGGACCAACGCCACCUUCUGCACUGAUAUGGAGCACCUGAUGUGCGCUGGCCUUUGGUGUCUAGUGGAGGGGGACGCCUCCUGUAAAACCAAACUGGAUCCCCCCCUGGAUGGAACAGAGUGCGGUGCUGAUAAGUGGUGCAGGGCAGGUGAGUGUGUCAGUAAGACGCCCAUCCCUCAGCACGUGGAUGGAGACUGGAGUCCGUGGAGCCAGUGGAGCAUGUGCAGUCGUACCUGUGGCACUGGAGCCCGCUUCAGACAAAGGAAGUGUGACAACCCCCCGCCUGGUCCCGGAGGGAAGUACUGCCAGAAGGCCAGUGUGGAGCAUAAAGCCUGCGAGGGUCCGCCCUGCUCUAAGGGCCUGCCAACAUUUAGAGACCAGCAGUGCCAAUCACAUGACCGGCAUGCUAGCAAAAAGAAGACCAACAUGUGGACAGCUGUCAUCAAUGAUGAGAAGCCGUGCGCUCUGUUCUGCACGCCGGUCGGCCGCGACGCCCCUGUGCUGGUGGCCGACCGUGUACUGGAUGGGACGCCGUGUGGACCGUACGAGAGCGACCUUUGCGUGAAUGGCAAGUGUCAGAAAAUUGGCUGUGACGGCAUCAUUGGUUCCUCUGCCAAAGAAGAUCGCUGUGGGGUCUGUAAUGGAGAUGGCAAAUCCUGCAAAAUCGUCAAGGGAGACUUCAAUCACACCAGAGGCAUGGUCACCCGUAGCCAUUGUAAGAAGGUUUCUACGUGUGUGAUGUCAAAACCAAGAGCUGUUCCCAAGUGUUUCUCAUGUUACAUUGAAGCAGCUGUGAUUCCAGUGGGAGCUCGACGAAUCAAAGUAGUGGAAGACAAGCCAUCCCACAGCUUUCUGGCUUUGAAGGACUCCAGCAAGAGAUCCAUAAACAGCGACUGGAAAAUUGAGCUGCCGGGGGAGUUCGAGCUUGCAGGCACUACGGUCCGCUAUGUGAGGAGAGGAUUGUGGGAGAAGAUGUCUGCCAAGGGGCCCACUAAAUCUCCACUCCACCUCAUGGUUCUUCUGUUCCAUGACCAAACAUAUGGGAUCCACUACGAAUACACGGUGUCUCUGAACCAGUCUCAAGAAAACAGCAGUGAGGUGCAGAGAGAACCAGAGUAUCUGUAUCUCUGGACACAUAGCAGCUGGGAGAACUGUAGUGUCCAGUGUGGCGGAGGGGAGAGGAAGACAGUAGUUUCCUGCAUGAGGAUGAUCAAUAAAACUAUGACCUUGGUGAAUGACAGCUUCUGCCAACCAGAAAACCGGCCUGCGCCUCAAGUCCGUCACUGUAACACCCACCCCUGCCAGUACAGGUGGGUUGCGGGUGACUGGGGGGCUUGCUCAGUUACUUGUGGUAAGGGACUGCAGAUGAGGGAGGUAGUUUGUGUGUACCAGCUCCAGAACGGCUCCUUUAUCAACACCAGAGACCUGUACUGCAUAAGUGCCAAACCUCCCAGCAUCCAGCAAUGCGAAGGUCGGGACUGCCUGACCAUAUGGGAAGCCUCAGAGUGGUCCAAGUGCUCAUCAGACUGUGGGCGUGGCACACGGAGACGCACUGUCACCUGCACUAACCCUCAGGGGCGCUGUGACCCUGUGUCCCGCCCGACAGAGGAGGAAGCAUGCGAGGAUCACUCAAAAUGUUUUGAGUGGAAAACUGGGGAUUGGUCAAAGUGCUCUUCAUCCUGUGGGAGGGGUCUUCAGUCCAGAGUUGUCCAAUGCAUGCACAGAGUGACGGGUCGCCAUGGCAACAACUGCCCCGGGGUUUUAAAACCUCCGGCCUACAGGCAAUGCCACCAGGAAGCGUGCAAUGAGAAAGUGAAUGUCAACACCAUCACUUCACCCAGGCUUGCGGCAUUGACAUACAAAUGCACAGGGGACCAGUGGACGGUGUACUGCAGAGUGAUCCGAGAGAAGAACCUGUGCCAGGACAUGCGCUGGUACCAACGCUGUUGCCAAACCUGUAGAGACUUUUAUGCCAACAAAAUGCCACACAAUAGUUAA